CCCUUUUCCCUUCCGCUGAUGGCCGGUACGUAGGGUGCGAGUGGGAGCGUGCGCGGCCGCUCGAGCGCCGAUGGCGGCGCCCGCAGUCCCCACGCCGCGGUACGAGCAUGUGGGGCCGCGCGGCCGUUUCCGGGACGUGUACGAGCCGGCCGAGGACACCUUCCUGCUGCUGGACGCCCUGGAGCGGGAUGCGGCCCUGCUCCGGCAGGCGGGGAUCGACAUCUGCCUUGAAAUAGGGUCUGGGUCUGGCGUGGUUUCAGCAUUCCUAGCUUCCAUCAUUGGAGCCAGUGCGCUCUACCUAUGUACAGAUAUCAAUCCUAUGGCAGCUUACUGUACACUGGAGACAGCUCAGCUGAACAACGUCCACCUUCAGCCAGUCAUUACUGACUUGGUCAAAGGACUGUCACCAAGAUUAAACGGGAUGGUUGAUCUACUGCUCUUUAAUCCACCAUAUGUGGUAACACCUUCUGAAGAGGUGCAAAGCCAUGGAAUAGAGGCAUCCUGGGCUGGUGGCAAAAAGGGCAGAGAAGUUAUGGACAGAGUUUUCCCAUUGGUAGCAGACUUGCUUUCAACAGGAGGAUUAUUCUACUUGGUCACAAUUAAAGAAAAUAAUCCAGAUGAAAUUCUGGAAACAAUGACGAAACAUGGCUUAGAAGGCACACGACUGCUUUCCAGACAAGCAGGACAAGAGAUGCUUACUAUCCUCAAAUUUAGGAAGCCUGGAUAACUGUUUUUAUUACAUAUUCUAGGCAUGCAGAAGAUCAGUUACAGAGUACUGAAGCUGUCAAGUCAGUUUUUAAGUCAGAAUUGGAGGAGGUGCAAUAAUCAGGAAGUGAGGAUGCAAUUAAACUGAUCAAGACUGUCCUUAUUUUUAUUAAGCAUGUCAGCCAGCUUUGAUCUGGUUGUCAGGUACAGCUGUUCUCUGGCUAUCUGCAGGAGAGGUGGGAGUGAACUGGAAGAUACCAUAACGCAUCACGUUUUGCAUUUCGCUACUUUUACAAGUAGGAGUUUGUGUAUUUAUUUUUGUGGCUUAUUAAAAGAACGUACAUACUUGA